CUUCCUUUCAACAGGGUCUCCUUGUCUGCCACGGACUGUUACAUCGUUCAUGAAAUCUACAACGGGGAGAACGCUCAGGACCAGUUUGAAUACGAGCUGGAACAAGCGUUGGAAGCUCAGUACAAGUACAUAGUGAUUGAGCCAACGCGCAUUGGGGACGAGACUGCCCGUUGGAUCACGGUUGGGAACUGCCUGCACAAGACGGCGGUGCUGGCUGGCACGGCCUGCCUCUUCACCCCUCUGGCUCUUCCCAUGGAUUAUUCCCACUACAUCUCUCUGCCAGCCGGCGUGCUGAGCGUUGCCUGCUGCACUCUCUAUGGGAUCUCUUGGCAAUUUGACCCCUGCUGCAAGUAUCAGGUGGAGUACAACGCCUAUAAACUCUCCCGCCUGCCCUUGCACACGCUGACCACUUCCACCCCGGUCGUGCUAGUGAGGAAGGACGACCUGCACAGGAAGAGACUGCACAACACAAUAGCUCUGGCUGCCCUGGUGUACUGUGUAAAGAAGGUGUAUGAACUCUACGCUGUAUGAUUGCGGCCGAAGAAGGGGGAACCCGCCAAGACAAAUAAGGUGUAUUAAAGACUCCUACAGGAACAUUCGACUUUUUCCUCUUGAAGUGGUGCCUGGAAAGCCGUUGGGUUUACCCAAUUAUUAUUAUUUUUUUGGUUAUUUUUGAAAGAAACAAUCACACAUCACGGGUGCAUCAAGGGAAUUUUGUUAUUUUUUACGCCUCAGACCUGGAUCUGCAGUGGAGUGGAACAGUAUGAGCGCCGAAGACAGUAAUGGGAUCUCAGUGAAAGGAAAUGACACACAGGAGGGGGUGGGUAGAUUUUGGUCCCCCCCCCUUGGGAAGAACCUGAAGUAUAUUGUUUAAUUGUAUUCUACAGAACCAGCUCAAAGAUAUCACUGACCAUUCAUUAAAGGAUGCGAAUUUCAAGUG